AUGACCCAACGCUACUACUCGGACGAAAUCGGGCUACCUCCCUCCGACCGGUCGCUCUGGAGACUCAGAGUGUCCGAACUUGGUGCUUCAAAAUGGGAGUUUUUGACUGAGGAACAGGCCAGGAAUGAUCCGCAGAAGAAUAGCACCAAAUACCACUUGAAGAUGGACACGUUCGAGCCGCCAGCCGCAGAAGAGAGCAUUGUGUUUCCAAUUGAUGCUGCCAAAAAAGGAGCCGAGUUUUUCAGCCUUCUUCAGGAGGAAUCGGGCGUGGUGCUUCAUCAGUACAUCGGCCCGAUGUUUAUGACCACGGGCUGGGUGUUUUCCUCGUAUUUCACAAACUCGCCCAUAAAUCCCGUUGUUAAACAUGAAUUCAUCCGCUACAUCGUCAACAAUGCGCAUCCAGUGGACGGUGGUUGGGGUUUACAUACUGUAGAUAAGUCGACCUGUUUUGGAACCACAAUCAACUAUGUCCUCUUGAGACUUUUGGGACUCGAGAAAGAUCACCCAGUGUGUGUCAAGGCACGAGCAACGCUUCACAAACUAGGCGGUGCCAUUGGCCUUCCACACUGGGGUAAGGCAUGGCUCGCGCUCUUGAACUUGUUUGGAUGGGAAGGUGUGAAUCCGGCCCCGCCUGAAUUGUGGAUGCUUCCAUACUCCAUGUUCAUCCAUCCGGGCCGUUGGUGGGUACACACUCGUUGUAUUUAUUUGCCCUUGGCGUAUUUGAGUGCAAACAGAAGCACCUGUAAAUUGGACCCUCUUUUGGAGGAAAUCCGGUCGGAGAUCUACCUUCCGCGCCAGUUGCCAUACGAGUCCAUUGAUUUCUCCAAGCACAGAAACACCGUGUGUGGUGUAGACCUCUACUACCCCCACUCAAGAACUUUGGACACAUUGAACUGGGUCGUCUGCAAGUACGAGAAGUACUUGAGACCAGAUUGGCUCCUCAAAAAGUCUAGCAAGGCCGUGUACGAACUUAUCAAGAAGGAGUGCGCAAACUCCGAUUAUUUGUGUAUUGCGCCAGUCAGCUUCGCCUUCAACAUGAUCGUGACGUACUUAGAAGAGGGCCCAGACUCCUACGCAUUUUCACGGUUCAUGGAAAGAAGAGAAGACGUGAUUUUCCACGGACCUCUGGGAAUGGCCGUCAUGGGUACCAAUGGUGGUCAGGUGUGGGACACUGCCUUCAUGUGUCAGUACUUGAUUAUGGCAGGACUAGAGACUGAUCCCAAGUUCCACGACAUGAUCAUGAGAGGAUACCACUUUUUGCGUCGCUCCCAGUUCACAGAUGAAUGCGUGGAUGGAUCUUUCAGAGACAAGAGAAAGGGCGCAUGGCCGUUUAGUACAAAAACCCAGGGUUACACCGUGAGCGACUGCACAGCAGAAGCAAUGAAGGCUAUUCUUAUGAUUGAAAACAAUGAUAGCUUGGGUAAAUAUAUUCCUAUGGAAGACAGGAUCGCACGCAAAGAUCUCGAAGAUGCAGUGGAGCGUAUUCUCUUCAUUCAAAACACUGGUUCGUUUGAAUUCGGUUCAUUUUCUUCAUACGAACAAAUUAGAGCCACUCCCGCAUUGGAGUGCCUUAGUCCAGCAGAGGUGUUCAACAACAUUAUGGUUGAAUACCCUUACGUUGAAUGUACCGACUCAUCAGUGUUCGGGUUGGUUAGCUUUUCUACAUACCAUCCAGACUACAAACCAGAAAUCAUUCUGAAAUCGAUAGACACUGCAAUUGCAUAUAUUGAGGAUGCCCAGGACAAGUUCGAUGGCUCGUGGUACGGCUCGUGGGGAAUUUGUUACACCUACGCGGCCAUGUUUGCCGUUGAGGCUUUGGAAACUGUUGGAAAAGUCUACAGCACAUCUGAGCACGUGAAAAAGGGCCUUGAUUUUCUUAUCUCAAAACAAGAAGAAGAUGGUGGCUGGAGUGAGUCGAUGAAAUCCUGCGAGACACAUACUUACAUUCCCACCGGACAGACGCAAGUUGUUCAAACUGCAUGGGCUACAAUUGCUUUGAUUCUUGGUGAGUAUCCAGACCGCCGCCCAAUUGAUAAAGCCAUUCAAUUGAUAAUGGAGCGCCAAUCAUUGCAUGGUGAAUGGAACUUCGAAUACAUUGAGGGUGUGUUCAACCAUAGUUGUGCAAUCGAGUAUCCAACAUACCGAUUCUUGUUCCCAAUUAAAGCAUUGGGGCUCUAUGCGCGCAGAUUUGGAGGCAAUGCCGUUCCUGGUGGAAAGAUCUUUCUGGAGUAG